GUCGCCCCAUGAGGAAGCUCUUCAGCUUCGGGAGACGCCUGGGCCAGGCGGUCCUGGGCUCCAUCGACCACGAGCACCCGGGUCCCGGGUACCACACCAGGGACGCGGAACUGCGGAAGAUCCACAGGGCGGCCCUCAAGGGCGACGCCGCGGAGGUGGAGCGCCGCCUGGCGCGCAGGCGCCGGGACGUGGAUGCCCAGGACAGGACUGUUCUACAUUUGGCCUGUGCCCAUGGCCGUGUGGAAGUGGUCACUCUCUUGCUGAGCAGAAAAUGCCAGAUCGACAUCUGUGACAGACUAAACAGGAUGCCUUUAAUGAAGGCUGUAUAUUGCCAGGAAGAGACGUGUUCCAUUAUUCUGCUGGAACAUGGCACCAAUCCAAACAUUAAGGAUGUCUACAGCAACAUUGCUCUUCAUGGUGGUAAACAUUGAGGAUGUCUACGGCAACACUGCUCUUCAUGAUGCUGUGUAUGAUAAGGGGACUUCACUGGCAGGAAACCUGCUUUCCCACCAUGCAAAUACUGAAGCACUAAACAAGAACACGACUUAAAAGUGGCUUCACAGGAAAAGCAAGAAACGCUUGAAAGAAGUGAAAAUAAAGAGCCAGAGAUUUUCAAAGUUAUAGAAAAAAGAAGGAUGUGAUAUAUACAAAUUGCAUAUUGAAGGGAGAUAUUGCCACACUCAAACGGGAAUAAUACACAAUAAAAAAUGACAGUCUCAAAAA